UUUAUGAAUAAAGUAUAUUUUUGAAAUUAAAAAAAAUCUACCAUUAGCACACUAUCUAACAUUAGCACUCUAUCUAUCUAACACCAGUCGUACUCCCAUUGUCUUUUGCUUUGGGUAUCCUAACAAUCUGUUCUUCUUCUCCUUUGUCAACAACAUAUUUCCAUCAUUAGGCUACCACUGAUCUAUGUGUGUGAAUCUCAGUUCCUGUUGAGGUGAAUGAGCUGCAAUUUUCUGUAUUUUCAAAGUUUUUCUGUUUCUUUAAAUGUCUAGUUUCCUGUAUUUAAUGCUACUUGCUGUCUUCCACUGAGCUAAACUAUGUAAAGUCUGGUCCAUUAUUUUUAAAAUGAUCAUGGAACAAUCAUGAUUUCUCCUGCCAUAGACAUUUUCAUGCAGUUUUCAAAGAAUGUUCAGUGUCCUGAGUGAUACUGGUUGGCUACAUCCAGCUUGAUUCCAGUGUCUGUGGAGUCUACUAUUUUUUAAUUGAAUUGAACUAGCUGCAGUUUGGUUCUUUAGUUAACUGUGAACACUUUAAAUGAACAUUGGCAUUGAAUCAAGUUAGCUUCUACAAAACUGACUUUGGGAAACAAGAACAUCUUAGCGCUGGCAAGGUAAAUUUGUUUUGUGUCCAAGUUCCCAUAAAAAUUGAAUCUGAUGCAAAAUUGGUAUUGCAUCAUGUUUUCAACAAAUCACAUGUCCCUGAUCCCCUAUGGUUAAAGAGGAUUGAAUUGAUAUAUAUUAAUGCUAGAUUUCUGCAUUCCAUCAAGUACACUCAGAUGUCCAUUUGUACUGCACAUAAAAGAGUUCUCUUUUGAUAAUAUACCAGUAGGAAAUUAUUUCCAUAUGUCCUUUAACUGAUAUAUGUAGCAGUAUUCUUGUCUCUGAUAAGCAUCUAUAAUUCCUAUUCUUCCUAAAUAUAAAGGCCACAAAAUUAGGCAGGUCCCAAAAACUGAUGUAGGUAUUGUAGUGCAUAAUAAAAAUGUGCCCUGUUAUUCCCAUGCAGGUAGCAUACAGACAAGACAGAGAGCAUGCUUCAAAAGUUUUCUUAUGUUGCUUUGCAUGCUUUGAUGGUCAGGAGGAGAGAGAUUGUCUGCCCACAGGGAUCAAGGCCACACAGACAAAUUAAGUAAGCAUAGGCAGUGAGAGCAGAUAGCAGUGAUGGUCAAUGCCUGGACUCUAGACAUGAGGACCUUAAUUCAGGGCUGCAAAAAGUCCAAUAACCUCACAUAAAUGGUCAAGGUCAGUAAAUACAUCUUUAAAUGCUGUUUUCCACCCAUUGCACCACCAGCCUCACAAUGCACUUUCCAUCAUCGGUAGCCGAUCAACAAAUUCUAUCACUCACUAAAGUUCAGCUCAGAGAGUUGCUGGCUGAACAAUCUGAUUUAUGGCCUUCUUCAGAGACUUUAUUACCCUCCUGCUACUUGGUCUUUGACCACCUUGUCGUGUUCUCUGUCAGCUCUACUCAUUCUCUGUCAUGCUGGAUGCCAAGAGGGAUGCUGACUAUUGUACUCAUCUCCUUUCAUGGUAUAGCUUUUACUAAUGUCUUCAGAUGAGGAGGAGAGAUUACUUGGGGAAUGAAAGCAUUCUUUUGUUCGCAUUAUUGUGCUAACAUUUUAAUACUUCAGGAACUAGAUUUAAGGUACUGCUGGGCUAUUCAUGGCCUGUUCUGCCAGCUUUCUGAGGAUGAGGGUACUGAAGCAUCAAAAGAAGCAUUAGCAAGGCUACUUUUCCAUCUGUCAACAGCCACGGUACUGACUCCGCAGUUUGGGAGCAUUCACUGGUAUCACACUUGCUCAAACAAUGGUAUCGUAGCUGGAAUACAAAGCCGAUACUUUGAGGCUGUUCUGGAUCGAGAAUGGCAGUUCUACUGCUGCAGAUAUAGCAGAAGAUGUCCAUAUGGCUGUUGGCUGACUACUGAUUUUCCUGAACACUAUGAAGAAGAGGGACAUUUGGUGCUUCAGAAUUAUGGGUAUUUCAUCAGAGGAGCUGGCACCACCUUUAGUGCUUUCCAUAGGGACCGUCAGUGGAAAUAUGUAAUCUGCAGGAUGACAAAUUUUGACUGUGAUUUUGAUAACCUGUAGGAAUCAUAAGUUGAAUGCUU